CGGGACUCUAAAGCGCGCCCCACCGCCGAGGGGGCCCCAGUGAGAGGCGCGGUGCGCGGGCCAGCCGACCCGACCCCACGCAGCUAUGGCGACCACGGCGCAGUACCUGCCGCGCGGCAGCCCACUCCUGGCCGUGCCCACGCCGGACGCAGAGCGCCUCCACCAGGGCCCCACGUACCGUGAAGUCCAGAAGAUGAUGCACCACGAGUAUCUGCAGGGCCUGGCCGCCACACCGGGCCACCCCAUCGGCAGUCUCCCGCACCACCAGUGGCUGCCCGGCGCCACGGGAGACUGGGGAGGCGGCGGGACCCACCUGGAGCACGCCAAAGGCGGCGGCGGCGGCUGCGGCGGCGGCGCAGGGCCGAGGGGGGACCUCGACGGCGGCUUCCACUCGCGCUCCCACCUGGUGCACCAGCAGGCGGUCGGGGGGGGCGGAGGGGGGCACUGGGCGCAGGGAGGUCCGGCGCACCACCUGGGCGGCUGCCCCUCCGCCAUGUCCCCGACGGCGGGGGGACACCAACCGCUGCUCUACUCUCAGGCGGCCUAUCCCGGGCUCAACGGGAUGCUGGGCCCUCAGGCGCCCGCCCUCCACCUGUCCCACGGCCACGUGCCGCACGGCCACGAGGAGGCGGCGGCGGCGGCGGCGCGCCUGGAGGGCUCCCCGUCGCACGUGGGCCACCCGGGCCACGAGCCGCUGUCGGACGAGGACGCGCCCAGCUCGGACGACCUGGAGCAGUUCGCCAAGCAGUUCAAGCAGCGGCGCAUCAAGCUGGGCUUCACGCAGGCCGACGUGGGGCUGGCGCUGGGCACCCUGUACGGCAAUGUCUUCUCGCAGACCACCAUCUGCCGCUUCGAGGCGCUGCAGCUGAGCUUCAAGAACAUGUGCAAACUGAAGCCGCUCCUCAACAAGUGGCUGGAGGAGACCGACUCUAGCACCGGCAGCCCGGCCAGCCUGGACAAGAUCGCGGCGCAAGGCCGCAAGCGCAAGAAGCGCACCUCCAUCGAGGUGGGCGUGAAGGGCGCGCUGGAGAGCCACUUCCUCAAGUGUCCCAAGCCCUCGGCCCACGAGAUCACCUCGCUGGCGGACACGCUGCAGCUGGAGAAGGAGGUGGUGCGGGUCUGGUUCUGCAACCGGCGGCAGAAGGAGAAGCGCAUGACGCCCGCGGGCGCCCCGCACCCGCCGGCCAUGGAGGACGUUUAUUCGCCGGGCGACGCCUCUCCGCCGCUGCGCCACACGCUCCAGAGCCCCGUGCAAUGACUGUGCCGCGGGGACGGCCCCGAAGGACUGGCCUGGCCUGGCUGGGACUGGCUGCGGGACCUUCCCCCGGGCCCCGCGCCGGGCACCACGGACUACGGCGGCCCGCCGGGAGAGCCCUUGCCUCGGCCUUAAGACGCCGGGGAGCCGCCUCUCCGCGGCGUGUAGGGCGCAGCGAGGCUGGGCAGGCGCCUUCGUGGAUUCCUCGGCUUGCUGGCUCUCGACUCUCCUUCUAAUUUAAGAUCUCUGUAUUUAUUGGAACCCCACCAAGGAGCGCCCGGCCGGAGGCUGAGCUGGGCCGCGGUCUUCCUCGCGGACCAGGACGCGGGAGGGGGGGCAGGGGAGGGGGGCUGUGCCAGGCGAGGCUGCUGUCGCUCCCCAGAGGGGCCCCGAAGGGACACGGUGCCAGGUUGCAUCCAAGGGGCUCGCGCCCGCUUUGCCCCUCCAGCCGGACUGGGAAGGGACCCGUCGAAGCGCCCUGGCUGAGGGCCUCAAGCGAACUGCGGGGCCCCCUCGCCCGAUUGUAAAGGUCGGCAGAGUGCUCACGCCUGGAAGCCGGUCCGACUUGCCUAUUUAUUUUCCUCGCAGCCAGGGCCACGUUGCCGGCGGCGCCCAGGGCUGUCGGUUGGGUUGGCUCGCGCCCACCUCUGUAUCCUCCUGCUCCGUUUUUAUUUAUGUUACAGCCAAUAUUUUAUUACUCGCAUAAAACAUUUAUCCAGGAACUCGCCUAGUGUCUUUUUCUCUCCCCCCCCCCUUCUAGAAAGAAGAAGAGGAGGAGGGCUGUAGGGCAGCCGGGCAGCCGCGGGGCGGACACUAGCCUUGGGCGGGAUUCAGCCGCAACAGACGCGGCUCGCCCUCCCCGCUGCCCCCCCCCCCGCGAAGCCUCUCUCUGACGGACGGCUGGAGAUUCUUGGGAGAUGAUGCGGCGCCGGCGCCGUCAGAGACGGACUUGGGGCACCUCCGCCCGCCAGCCGCUCUCCCUCCCUCGCGGUGUUGCCGAAGGACGUGCCUCGGCUCUUCGGACGCCUCGAAGGGGCUCCCAGCUGCCGCACGCAGGUCCGCCCCGCUCUGGAAGGCAGCCGCCGGCUGGCCGGCCUAGAGCUGCGGGUCCCAGCCCUCCCUUGGCCCAGCCGGCCCAGUCCAGUUUUUGCUUCCGAGGGCCCCCGAGGCCGCGCUCUCAGCUGCCGAGGCGCUGGGUUCCCCAUUCCUCCAGGGCACUGUCGGACGAGGCUGGCCGCGAAGGGCUUUUUAAGGCCGAAAUUGCCCGUCCGGUGGCUCCAAUGUUAAGCGGCAGUGAGGCUACCCGCGCUUUCCGCCCCGACCUUUUUUCUGCGGGGGUCUCUGCUGGCAUUGCAGGAAAUGGCUUCCUUCCCUCUUUCCUUCCUUCCUUUCUUUCGGGAGGAUUUCUCUCUGCGCCUCUUUAGCGACCGCCUGGGGAAAAUCUCUCCUGCGGCUUCUGCUUUGUUGGAAGGGGAGCCCCGCCGGGGAACAUCUUGCCAAGUGGAAACAGUCGAGCGAACUCUUCGGAGAGGGCAGCAGCCUUUAGGAGCGCCUCUUAGAAUGCACGGUGAAGUGAUGACAUCUGAGUGGCGAACUUUCAAACGGUAUUGCGUCUGAUUUCUUUACAGCGCAAUCUUCCAUGUGCCUCCUCAGAAGCAAGCCCCAUUGAGUUCAGUGAGGCUUGUGCGCAGAUAAGGGUGGACAGGAUUUCGGCCCCGCCUGAUCCCCUUUUGUGCAGCCAGGAGCACUAAAAGGGGCACUCUGGGCACGAUCCAAGAGAAGGUUCUGCGGCAGGAGCCACCUUGGGAGGAAAGGGGGGCGGGAGAAGGUGUCCGUCUCUUGGCCGGUUUCCGUCGCUUCGACGGCGCCCCACUCACUCCCAAACUUGAGGUCGAGGUCCCUUCCCGGGUGACCAGCUGCGCGCUUCCGCUUGAUACAAAGGGAGGGCGCGUCAGUCGCUCGCUUAUUCAUCUGGUCUUCCUUUGAAUCAUGCAGACGCUCCGACUGAAAUGCGACCGUAACGUGCGCAGGAAAACGCGGGACACCUGCCCCAGCGCGCACCUAGGAGGCCCCCCAAGGGUGCUGGCGCUCCUGCCGUACGCGAAGACCUCUCCAGGGCGGCGCUAGUUUCGGUGGGAUCUGCUGCGGGGAGGAAGAGGGCGAGCUCCCUUGCAGGCCGGCAGCCCCGGGGCCUUCCUCCUCCUCCUCCAGGUUGAUUCACAAAAACGCCGAACUGGUCCGCGGCGAAUUAGAGCGACAGGCAGAUGUCGAGAGAAGCAGCCUGGCUAGAUCGAGCAGGAGCCCCCCCCUCCCACGAGCCGCCCUUAGAUCACAGCGGCAGACCGGCCCAAUUCUCUUUCCUUCUGCUUCCCUCUCCUUUUCGAUCUUUCGAGGCUACACGCAGCACUUCUGCCUGCCUUCCUGUUCGGUGCCUUUGGUGCGGUCAAAUGGCCUUGUUUUGUUUC